UUCUAAUGAGGUCUUGUUCUUGACGUGCUGUCAUUUCAGUUUUUACUCUUAUUUAUUCAGCUAUGCGCCAUUCGCACUGCAUUAGAACGACCGAAGUCUGCAGAUUUUAGCACGUCUUUAAAUAAAACGUGAAGCGGCGACACAAGUGCAGUGGCUGCGUGUCUUUCCCACAUUACAGCGUGUGGACAGUUUUUCGGCAGAGUCGUCGUGUUUCCAGACGUAGAUCGGAGAUAACAUCAAAUAAUCAACUUCUGCAAUAUAUUUUUAACUUUCCAAAAUCUUCCUUAAGACUGUUACUUUUUAGAUUAGUUUUCUCUUUAGCGUAGAGUCAGUUCGGUUCGUAAGAAUAGAGAAUGCCAAUCCAACGAGAGAGAAUCAAAAGACGGUAUUAGUAAUUUAUUUAACAAAUCCACAACUACUAUAAUCAAUUUGUAAUUAUUAUUUUUAUAGAGAACCAUUGUAAUCAAUAAUCUAUAGUGAUAUUUAAACUUAUUUAAUAAUGGCAAAGAAUGCUGCUAAUAAGCUUUAACAAACAUUUGCGAUCACAAUGAAAACCAAGAGCUACACAGUAAGAAACAAACGAAAAAUCUGACAAACAUCACAAUAACAACAAAGUCCCAAAAUGGACAACAACACGUCCUCAAACUCACUACGGAACAGCAAGCGGAAAGACAAUCUUAUCACCCGCAAGCAGGAUAAGUCCCCGGAGAAGACCAUCCGGGGGACUCGGGGGGCGUACCGGGGGGCCUCCUCGACCUCCAAGAGGCAGGAGGAUGAGGACUCCGGGUCCACGGAGCGCCUGGACAGACCAAAGAAACUGAUGACGCAGAGCAAGCGCGACUACGGACUCGGCAAGCGGCCAGACUUCUCACUCAAGAACCGGAAUGUGCAUUUAGCUUCCUCCAGAUAUGGCCAGAUGACGUCAGGCCUGCACGGCCACGUGCACCAGCUGCCGGCGGGGCACCACCUCGACCAGGGAUCCAAGGAGAAGACCGUGCACGGGAAGGAGAAGACCUUCAAGGUGGUAGUCGGCAGCGAGGUCGGCGUGAUGAAGGCUCCCGUCCUCGGCCCCCGGCCGUACGCCAACGCGCUGGCCAUCAUCCACACGCAAGCCAGCAACACCUUCGACAUGCUCAACUCGCUCACCACUAGUGUUGCAAGUCAACCAGUAGUGGGGGUGGCGGGCUACCGGCGCCGCAGCUCCGGCCCGACUCUCUGCGAUCCCGAGCUGGAUGACAGCGGGAACAAACUGGUGGCACGGCUGGAGGAUGACGCGUUUAUAUCUGAGCAGGAUUUGGAAGAGAACAUCGAGAUAGCAACAGCCACGGAGAAAGGUCUUCAACCUCCAUCCACCACCACCGGGGAGGAACAGCCGCAGGAACAACAAAAUGGUCUAGUCUACGGCCCCAUCUACGAGUUGGAGAAGCUGGAGCUGCAGCAGGACAAGAAGAAGGGGCAAGAUGAGGAGGACGAGGAGGAGCCGAUAGGAGUCUCUCCGUGCGGCAGAUUCUUCAAGUACGACAAGGAGGUGGGGCGCGGCUCGUUCAAGACGGUGUACCACGGGCUGGACACGCAAACCGGCGUCGCCGUGGCGUGGUGCGAGCUGCUGGAGAAAAAACUAAACAAAACGGAGCGUCUCCGCUUCCGCGAAGAAGCUGACAUGUUGAAGAAACUUCAACACCCGAACAUCGUGCGUUUCUACAACUACUGGGAGGGCACCGUGGCCAAGAAGAAGAAUAUUGUGCUGAUUACUGAGCUCAUGCUGUCAGGGACCUUGAAAGCAUACCUGCGGAGGUUCAAGCGGAUAAACCCCAAAGUGCUCAAGUCGUGGUGCCGACAAAUCCUGAAGGGUUUGAACUUUUUACACUCUCGAACACCUCCCAUUAUACACAGAGACCUGAAGUGUGACAACAUCUUCAUCACGGGCACGACGGGCAGCGUCAAGAUCGGCGACCUCGGGCUCGCCACGCUCAAGAACCGCAGCUUCGCCAAGUCCGUCAUUGGCACCCCAGAAUUCAUGGCGCCCGAGAUGUACGAAGAGCACUACGACGAGUCGGUCGACGUGUACGCAUUCGGCAUGUGCAUGCUCGAGAUGAGCACCGGCGAGUACCCCUACUCCGAGUGCAGCGGGCCCGCGCAGAUCUACAAGAAGGUGGUCUCGGGAGUGAAGCCGCAGAGCUUGGAGAAGGUGACCAUUCCGGAGGUGCGGGACAUCAUCGAAUCAUGCAUCAGGCCGAAUAAAACUGAUAGGCCGCAAGUAAAAGACCUGCUAAACCACGAGUUCUUCGGAGAAGACAUCGGUCUUCGGCUGGAGAUCGUGUCUCGCGACCUGGUCACCUCGUCCGACAUCACCAAGAUACAGUUCCGACUCAAGAUCAUCGACCCCAAGAAACGACUAAACACGCACCGCGAGAACGAGGCCAUCCAGUUCGAAUUCGACAUGGAGCGAGACGACUGCGAAGAAGUGGCCCGGGACAUGGCCAAGGCCAACCUCAUCAUGGAACAGGACGCGCGCAUCGUGUUCAAACUGCUCAAGUCGCAGCUCAUCAGCCUCAGCAGGGAGAGGAGCGAGAAGAAGGCUCAGAUGCUGUUCAACCAGGAGCUCAUCAACGAACAGAACCGGCAGCAGCAGCUCAUCCUCGAGAACCAGUUGAGGCAGGUGAAAAUGAUCCAAAACCAACAGCAGCCGGUGGUCAAUGGCGUCAACUCGCAGAAUAAUCUAGGGUCCGUACAACUGGACCCGCAAUCCCAGUACUUCCAAGCGCAGCAGCAGCUGCUGCAGCAGCAGUUCCAGCAGCACCUGAGCUCGGAGGAGGCGGCCAUGAGGGUGUUCCAGCACAACCUGAUGCAGCAGGCCGGCCUGUCGUCGCGCCUGCACCCCGACCACCAGUUGCUGCAACAACAGCAAGUGCUGCUGGAGCAGAACAUCAAGCAGCACGUGAUGAUGGAGCAGAACCUGCUCAGCCAGCAGCACAUAAUGGACCAGCAGGUGCAACAAGGCCUCAUGGAGCAGACGACGUCGCAGUCCCAACUCCAGCCGAUGCUGAACCAGCAGCUCGGCAUCCACGAGAUCACCAACCAGAAUCAGGUGCUGCAGCAGCAGAUCAUCCAGCAGCAGCAGAACAUCAUCGCGCAGCAGGCGGCAGCCAUGCAGGAGAACAUGGCCGGCCCGCCGCCCAGCGCUGGUCAAACGUUGGACCCAUCACUGCAAAAUCUACAGAACAUCCUGUCACAAAUAAUUCAGCGACCAGAGACUUUGCAGCCGCGCAAGGAGUCUGACUCGGACGUCCAGAGCCAACAACAGAACCAACAGCUGGGCCAACAACAAGCCAUGAGCCAACAGACCACAGACUCGGGCAUAGACCUGCAACAACACACGCAACAAGAGCAAGACAUGCAGCAGAUGCACAACAUACAGGCCAUGCAACAGCAACAGAACCAACAGAACUAUCAACAACAGCAACAACAGUUUAUGCAGCCGAAUAUACUCCAAGCGGCUGUAGACCCAACCAUAUUGGUCCAACAACAACAAGUGGCCCAAGCCCAACACCACAUGGCCCAAGCGCAGCAACAGUUGAACAUGCAGAAGCAAAUGUUGGCCCAACAUCAAAUCGUAUUACAACAGCAAAUGUUGAACCAACAUCCCUUGCAAAUGGCUGGACAGACGUUAUCCCCUCAGCAUUUGCGAACGUUGCAACAGCAGCAGUAUUUAGCUCAACAAGAGUUACAGAUACAGUCACAACAAAAUCUUUUAGACCAGCAGAGCUUAGCUCUGUUAGCUCAACAGCAACAGUUAAGAGGGCAACAGCAGCAGAAAGUCGAGGAGAUUCUAAGAGCCCAACGACCCAUGUACCAACGACAGGGCUCUGAACAGAGCCAGAUAUCGACGGCUGACGUCCACGACCAACAGCAACAACAACCGAUGCAGCAAGAGCAGUAUCAGCAACAAAACAUGCAGCAAAACGUGCAGCAAAUGCAACAGCAAGGCUAUGUUGACAACAUGUCGAAUCAGCUGCAGAAACAGCAAUCUGCGGUGACAGAAGAUUUAUACCACACUCAAACACGUGUUAUGCAAGGCCAGUCGUUGCCCCACAACAUACAGAUGCCAACAUUCGCGAGCGUACAACAGAGCGAUCGGCAGAUAUCUAGUCAUGAAGGCACGCCAGUGCAAAAUUACUCCGCCAAUCCGCUCCAAAUGUACCAAAACCAAAUGCAACCACCGCAGAUUAUAAACCCUUCCGUAUCUAACUACCAAGGCUUAGACGCUCCUAUACAGCCUCCGAUAACUCACCCGAAUAUCGAGCAACCCAUGCCGCCAACGACUCAAGAAGUGAUAGCGCCAGUUCCUCAAUCAUUACCCGAAGAAUUGGCUCCACAAGAAGUACCUCAACAGUUGAAUCUCCAGCCAACAGCUACGGAGAAUGGGGAUCAGUUGUUAAGUAAUGGGACUCCCAAAGAGCAGUUUCUGACUCCGAUGACGGAGUUCCCUACUGGGUCGACCCAUGCGGAGGCAAUCAAGCCGCCAGAGUUGAGUUCUGUGGAGGAGAAAUCGGUUGAGGCGCCUGUGGAAGGCACAGCAACCCCGUCCCCAAUAGCCACAGAAAAGAAAUCCCGCGGCUCAAAGAAACGCUCGCGCUCAAAGGACGCGUGGCCGAAACUGAGCGUGCUGAGUGUGAGCUCGGUGGGCUCCACCGUGGAGUGCCAGCUGGAGUCCAAGUGCAAGACCGUCACGUUCAAGUUCGACAGGGGCGACGUCAACCCGGAGGAGAUCACCGCUAAUUUGGUAUCCGAGAAGCUCCUCCCUGAAUGGCAAAGUGCAGCGUUCACAGAACUUAUCCGUUCGCUGGUGCAACAACUAGCCGCCGACCCGCAACGCCUCACGCUCAACAUGGACAAGACGGACUACGACUCCGAGACAACCGAGCGCGAAGAGAACCUCACGGAUUCGAACCAGGACAAUUCGGAGUGCACCACCCCGACGGCGAGUCACGAGCACAUCGCCGUGGCGGAGCUGGCCUACGACCAGCCCGAGCCGGGCGUCGAACCCGAGCCCGCGGCGCCAAGGGUCUCGCAUAUAGAGACGUUGGCGCGGAAGAUUAGUACCGCUUCGUCUAUAGGUUCAAAUCAAUCGGACGGCGGGUCGUCGGCCCCCGAUCGCGCCGGCAGCACCGAGUCAUCGUCCACGAACGGAGACAAAAAGUCGCAAAAACCCACCAGGAAAAUAUCAAGGUUUCUAGUCAGCCCCGUAGUAGAUAGGACCGAGCAAGUGCCCGAGGAACAAGCUGUGAUAACCGACGCGCCCGCCGUCGCUAGAGAUAAGCCGUUAUACUCCGACGUAGCCAAAGAACACCCGAAACUCAACGGGUUCCCAGAAAACGAGCAAACCACACCGUCCGUGCAACCGGCGCCGCCAGAGCCGAGCUUUGUGCCCACGCACCAGUACCCGCAGAUAAGCAAUGUGCCGCUAAACGUCAUAGACCACAAGCAAGAGAUGCCCCAAACCGUAGUGAUGCAAAGCCAGCCGAAUACCGCUAUCACCACCAACGUGCAGUCCAUCCCGCAAUCGAUACCGCAAUCCUACCAGCAAAUCAACCCGAGCUUGCUACAGCCAAACCUAACGACCCCUCUGCAAAUAGCAACCGACACCCCAUUGCUAGGGUUGAGCCAAGUGGCGACCCCGAUCUCUAUGGGUGGGGACUUCGGGUUGGGGCAAUUAAACCCGGGGUUGGACCCGAUGGGGGGGAAUAGGCUGUCGUUCUCGGCGCCGCAGACUCUGGCCCCGGCCGCGGGCGCCACUGAUGCCUUCUCGAAUGCCGAGAAUAUACAGAGGAUGCUGCUGAAGCAGAAUAUUAUGAAUCAGCAGCAGACCCUCUCAGGGCCAAACCUGCUCGGGCUGCUGAACCAGCAGCAGUUCCAGCCGCCAGCGGACCUCGGCCUACACGGCAUGCACGCCAUGAGUGCACAGCCCGCAGCCGGCAUGUUCCGCGCGGCGCCCGCCAAGUAUCCCUACCAGCCCAUGCUGGCCACCGCCAACGACUAUCUGGUUCAACAGCAGGCACUGCAGUCGUCGGUCAACCAACUUACCAAUCAACAGAUUGGCCAAACAUUGGGCAUUGGCUUAGGCUUGGCCAACCCGCUGCAGCAAGGCUUAGGCGUCAACGCAAACUUAGGCUUACAACAACAGAACAUCAACUUAGCAACGCAAAACUUAGCUUUAAAUCAAAACUUAGCGUUGGGGCAAAAUCUGGGGCCGAAUUUAGGUUUAGGAGGGCAGAAUCUCAUUGGGGGGCAGAGUUUGGGUCUGGGGGGUCAGAGCUUGGGUCUGAUGGGUCAGAAUUUGGGUCAGCAGUUGUUGGCGAAUAGGGCUUUGGCUCAGAAUGUGAUGCAGCAUGCUUUGGCUCGGCGAGCGGUCGCGCAGACACAAGAAUUGGAGAUGGGAGGCAUGACGCAAGGCAACUCCGUGGGCUCCUCGCAGCCAAGCACUCCGAACAAGGCGCAGAAUUACAACGAAUACAUGCUGACGCUGCAGCACAAGCUCGCCUCCAUCUCUAAUAGCGGCCCGCUAUCCCCUCAAUCGCCGUCCGAAGUGUCGUACAGUCCAGCGCUGUCGCCCACACAUCGCGCCAACCACGCUCUACCGCAGGAGAAGGUGGACGGGUCAUCGGGCGCGGGCGCGACGCGGCGCAACGUGUCGGCGCUGGCGGACCUGGAACACGAGCUCACCAAGAUCAGCUGCAACUACAAGCAGGCGCCCGCCAAGGACGUGUUCAUUGAGCACUCUGCGGAGGAGCAGGAGUUGCUGGGCGCCGCUGACGACGCAACUGUGGACUCUUAUGCAGAUCUAUCAUCUGGGUGGGGCGGUUCUGGCGGUCGCUUCCACGUGUCGCGCGCGCGCAUGUGCCGCGAUCACGCCGUGUGCCGCCUGCUGCCGCCGCACAACGACCACCACCGAGCGAAAGACAAGCUGGACUUCUCCCAGUCCUACUUGGAAGCGGACUCUUACUCCCCGUGCCCGGAGACUGGGCAGACGUACGUGCUGACGGGGGGCGGGGGGGCGCGCGCGUACCUCGUGCACGACGCCGCCGGCGCGCGCAGCGCCGUCAUCGACCCGCAGCCGAGACAGUCGGACUCCCCUCCCCCCUCCCCCCCUCACGAGCCGCUCAGCUACCUAGUACUGGACCGGGAGAGGAGGCUGACGUGCGCCGUCAUGGACCCGCGCCUGGCGCCGGGGCCCGCCCUCCGCCCCUUCGAGGAGCCGCCCGCGCCGGCGGUGGCUGCGGAUCCAUCCCUAGAGCCGGUCUCCGCCUCCGAAGAGCUCUCCGCCUGGCGGUGCCUAGAGCCGGAAGACGAGGCGGCGCGGUACUGCGAGGGGCAGGAGGUGCGCGGGGGCGCGGGCGGCGCGCGCGGGGGGGCCGUGGCGGAGCGCGCCGGGUUGCGAGCCACGGCUGUGCUGCAGGAUACUGUCACUGAUCGGGUGUUGUGCCGGCAGGUGGUGCUUCUGUCGCUGGAGAGGUUAUGACGCGAGUAGCGGAUCACAUUGUACCUUAUAUUUAUUGUACGUUGUAUCAUAUUAUACUAUAUCUUUAUCAUUAACCGUAAAUAAAUAUUCAUAUGUGAUAUCUAGA